GCCCCGUGGCGGGUGGCGGCCCCGGAGGCCCCAGGAAGCAGAAGGAGCUGCCGUCGGAGCCUCCGUUCACGGCGUACGUUGGAAACCUGCCGUUCAACACGGUGCAGGGCGACAUCGACGUCAUCUUCAAAGAUCUCAACAUCCGCAGUGUCCGACUGGUCAGAGACAAAGAGACAGACAAGUUCAAAGGUUUUUGUUAUGUUGAGUUUGAAGAUCAGGAAUCUCUAAAAGAAGCUUUGACGUAUGACGGCGCCCUGCUCUGUGAGCGGACGCUGAGGGUCGACAUCGCAGAGGGGCGGAGACAAGAGCGAGGGGGCGGCGGCUUCGGCUUCAAGAAAGAUGACGGCAGAGGACGAGGAGGUUCUCGAGGAGCUCCCAGAGGUGGAGGAGGAGGACGAGACGGCCGUGAGGAGUUCUACGACCAGCCAGGAGGAGGUUUUAGAGAUGACGACUACAUGUCGGGGCGGGGUCGAGGCGGAGGCGGUCGCCCCGGUGACAGAAGGGGGGCAGGAGGAGGGGCGGGUCGCUUCAGAGAUGGACCGCCCCCUCGUGGAGGAACGACAGACUUCAGGGAACCGUCUGAAGAGGAGCGUGCACAGAGGCCUCGGCUGCAGCUGAAGCCUCGCACCGUCUCUGAGCCGCUCAACCAGGUCGCCAACCCCAACUCGGCCAUCUUUGGCGGGGCGAAGCCGCGAGAGGAAGUGAUCUCCAAAGAAAAAGCUUAAGAGACUGAGGGCCGCCGGGCCCCGGGGGGCCGAGGGGGCGGGGAGCCGGGGGGGGGGAGGGAGGGAGGGAGGGAGGGAGGGGAGCCAACCAGAACUUUACCGGAUGUUCAAACGCCACAGCUAGCAUUCCUUCCUGACAGACAGACAGAUAGACAGACAGACAACGAGCGAGCGGACGCCCUCCUCUUCCUCCUCUAAUUCUUCUUCUUCUUCUUCUUGCUGUUUGAGUUCAGAAUAUUUAUUCUUAGUGGAAUAAAGCUGAAACACUCUGAUCAAUAAUAAACCUGUAACAUAAACGCAGCGAGCAGCUCAUCAAUGCAUGUUUGGGUUCCUCUGCCCCGCCCCCUCACUCACCUCCACCUCCGCUUACUGUGAUGUCACACCUGCUUCGUGCUGUAGCCCCGCCCCCUGCCGUCAGAGGUCACACCUGUAAAGUUCUUCGGUUCUUUUUGGUUUUUGUAGCUGCAGCCCCGCCCUCUCACCCUGAUUGGUCGAGUAGAAGCCAAAUGCUUUUGUUUUUUAUUUGCUGUCGCUCGUUGCCGUGGUGACUCAUCGAUCUGUUCUUGUUUGGUCCUGAAAUCUUCUCGGUGUUUCCGUUACCUGCUCGUCACACUGAGGGGGCGGGGCCUGCUGCCAGGUGAAGCCCCGCCCCCUCAGGUGUAACAGCAGCACCAUGGUCUGCUUCCUCCUCCCAUGAUGCACUGCUGCUGGUCGCCUCACCUGUUCAGGUGAAGCUGCGUUCGCUGUCAGCAGGAGAAGCUGCUGAUGAAAUGCUGCGUUCAGGCGCUGUGAAGAAAAAAGGGAAAACUGUUUACAGAAACUCUAUUGGAAAUCAACCUUGAAAAAUAAUCUUGAUGUUAAAACUUUUGUUUUCCCACAGACCUUGAAUGCAGCGCCGCUCAGAGGGCGGCGAGGGGGCGUGGCCUGCAGCUACAGCUCCUGAUUGGUCGGCUGACAGCUGGAGGUCAUGCAGCAUUUUUCUGUCCUGUCCAAUCAGAUAUAAAGAUGUGAUGUCAUCCACAGAGCUCUCCUCUGAUUGGUCCAUUGAUCCACACUGAAAACUUCCCCAUCGUCUUUUUCCUCGAUGUUUUCCAGAUCAUUUCCAAACGUUCUGAAAAUAAUUAGCUGCAGAUCACAGAAGGAAAACGGAAACUCUUCAUAGUUUAUGGAUAAACAGCAGAUUUUCAGUCAAUUCUGAGGAGUUUAUCCAACAGAAGGUGGCGCUAACGCACCUUUUUAGUGAUAAAUGAACAGCAGAAUUCUUGAAGGAAGAACAGAUGAAAAAUGAAAAAUCUACAGAAAGCAAAGUGAAGAUGGACGGCCUUCUUUUGAUUCAUUUUAUCGUCUAUUUAUUGAUCAUUUUCAUCUGUUUUUCUGUCCACAGUUUAAAAUCUGAGGAUUUAAUCAGAAACUUUGGAAACGGUUCAUGAAGGAGGAACGAAUUGGAGACGGAGGAAUUAAACCCUUUUUUUUGUUUGUUUCUGAUCUUUUAUCGUCCGUUUGUCUUUGAAAGCAGCGUUUAGAAGAGACGUUUGUUUCAGUGUGGAUCAGAUCUGAGGAGGUCAAACUGGAACAUCUGCUGGCUUUGGUGGCUCACCUGCUCAGGUGGGUCAGGGUCUGGUGGAUCAGGAUCAAGUGGAUCAGGGUCUGGUGGAUCAGGAUCAGGUGGAUCAGGAUCAGGGUCUGGUGGAUCAGGAUCAGUGUUUUGGUGGUUUUGCUCUGCGUCUCUUCCAGAAUGUAGUUUUGUUUGUUGGAAUAAAAUGGUCUCUUUUAAACUUUAUUUUUUCCUCCACUGUUUAUGGCAAUAAAACUGUGUCAUCUUCA